CGACCAAGGAUGAUGAGGACACCCCCACAUUGAGUCCAGAGGAGCUGUGACCCCCAACACGAUGUCACCCAAAGGACUGAGGGACUACAAGGGGAGCAGAACAUCCGGAGAUGACCAAGGAUACCUCCACAGAUACUCAGGACCACCCCAGUUCUUCAAGGGGGCUCAAGACCCCACCCCAACUGCUCCCAGGACACUCAGGACACCCCAAUUCUCCAAAGGGGCUCAGGACCCGGCCCCCCCCAGCUGCUUCAAGGACACUCGGGACCCCCCCCGGCUGCCCCCAGGGGGUGACAGACCCUUCUGUCACGACAUGGCGCCCACGACACGACAGCCACAGGCAGCGGCGCCCCCCCCGCAGCCCCCCGGAGCGGCCCACGGUGCUGACCCGAGCGGACCCCCGCGUCACCCCGGUGCCACCCGAGGGGGGGUCGUGCCCCCCGCUCCUGCACCCCGGGGUGUUGGUGAUGAGAACUCGGCUGCCUCCAGCGCACGGUCUCCCCGGCUUGGAAUGGGGGCCCAAAGACCCCCCUGGCCGCGACAGGGACCCCUCCCCAACCCCCGCCGGCAGCGACCCCCCCGCGCCGACCCCCGGCGCUGCGCAGCCCCCCAGACCCCCCCGCCGUGAGCCGGGGGAGGUGGCUCAGUGCCUGCGGCAGCUGGAGAGGAUCCAGGAGCUGGAGCAGCAGCUGGCCCGCGAGCGGCACCGCCUGGGGCUGUUGCAGGCGCAGCUCCUCCGGAGGGGCCCCCCCAGCACGGGGCUCCCCGGGAAGGGCCAGGCCGGGCUCCCCCCGAUUUGGGGUCCUGCAGCCCCCCCCGGGGCAGAGGGGGACCCCGAGAUGCUGCUGCCCCCCCCAGGGCACCCCUGGGAGCGUGGGGGGCUCUACCCAGAAUUGGAGUAUUACCGGCUCAGCACGGCGCGGCCCCCCUACACCUACGCCACGCUCAUCCGCUGGGCCAUCCUGGAGUCCCCGCAGCGGCAGCGCCCCCUGGCGGAGAUUUACCAUUGGUUCAGCCGCAGGUUCGGCUUCUUCCGGCACAACACCCGCACCUGGAAGAACGCCGUGCGCCACAACCUGAGCCUGCACAAGUGCUUUGUGCGGGUGGAGGCCGCCCGUGGCGCCGUCUGGACCGUGGACGAAGCCGAGUUCCGGCGCAAACGGGGCCAGCUCUACCCCAGGGACUGUGACCUCAAGUACUUUAUGCCCCCCCGGAGCUGAUGAGGAACCCCAAAACCACCCCAAGACCACCCCAAAAUCACCUCCAAGACACCCCCAAAUCCUCCCCACCCACGAGCAACACGACACCCCCAAACCGCUGCACCGGGAUUUAUUGAAACCAUAAAGGAACUGUUCUCCCUCC